AUCCCAUAAAGCAGAAUCCAAUGCUGUUGUGCACUCAUUGCAUACUUCUCAGCAGAAUUCAGGCCAGUAUUCCUGUGGGUAUGAACAAAAGAAUGAAAAUAACCAAGUGGAGACAUCUGCUCUCAGUCCUGCUCAGAAAGUGAUUUUCGAACCAAUUGCAUGUCACCAGAGAUCGUCAAGGGAAGAAGCUCCAGUCAAUGGCACAAGCAACUUGGCCUCUGAAGAGCAAGUUCAAUAUGCCAAUAUUGAGCAGCUCUGCAGAACAGGGAAGAUAUCAGAAAAUGCAGACAUGAAUUUGUAGUCGGAGGCUGAACAUUUUCUACAUCAGUGUGGUUCCAUCUGGAUCUCAGGAAAAGGAACAGAUAACACGGGAAGUUCCCAAAACAGUCUUUGAUCAUCCUUUGGACCAGCAGCACUGGGACUGUAACUUCUGGCAAUCUAGUCAACAUAUCCUGACAUACUUCUGCCUGACUCCCCUGUGCUCUGAGUAUCUUUCUCAUACCCCUUCCAACUUUUGAAGGCAUCAUGGGGUGUUGUGGAUCAAAAGAAAAACACAGAAAACAAAAAUCUCAAAUUGAAGAAGAGAUCAGAAAUCUCAAAACAGAAUUAGAAGAAAAGAUCAUGGAUCUCAGAACUGAAUAUGAUGAACUCAGAAAUCAAUUAGAAGAAUGCAGAAAUCAAUUAGACUGGACAAGAGUUCGUAGCAAUGCAGCCAACAUCAUGCUAGCUGUGGAUUCAGCCCAUCCUAACCUCUCCAUUGACGCCGGUGAUCAGAAGACCUUCACUUACCAAGCCCAGCCUCUCUCGGUGUCUCCUAAUCCAAAGCGUUUCGAUGGGAUUGUCUCUGUCUUGGGCAGCCAAGGAUUCUCCUCUGGCCAGCAUUACUGGGAGGUAGAUGUCAGCAGCAGCACUGAUUGGGAUUUGGGAGUAGUCCGAGAAUCAAUACAGAGGAAAGGAGAUAUUUCUUUGUCCCCAAAAGAGGGAUUCUGGCUCCUAGGAUUUGAUGGAAAGGAUUAUUGGGCAAGGACAGAUCCCUGGACAAGAGUCACCGUGAAGAAAAAGCCCAGCAAAAUUGGAGUUUACCUGAGUUUCCCAGAGAAAGAGCUGACUUUUUUCAAUGGCACUGACAUGUCUGUGCUGUUUGUAUUUAAGCACUGUUCAUUCUCAGAAGAUAUAUACCCAUUCUUUAAAAACACCCACAUAGGAACAACCAUAAGAAUUGUUCCAUAAAUUAGGAGGAAUCAAAGAUGGCAUGCUUAAGCAUGUUUCAUCACUCUUUUUUAAAUGUAUGAGAGAACCCCCAUUUAUUUUUUAAUCUGGCAGGUUGGAGACUUUUGAAAAUAUGUUAUUGGCACUGGUUUUUUUGGCUGCCAUCAUGAGUCUUACUUCCAAGUUCCAACAUGUAUGGGAUCAAACUGGGUAUGUUUACACUUGCUGGUUUUCAUUUGACCUUUCCCCUAAUUGCAUACUGCACUUGGCUUCUAUGAAGUACACCUAAUACUGGUCAACAUCCAGAUUAACCAGUGCAGGUGCAGCAAAGGUAAUCCCAGUACAGCAUGAUGCAUUCCAGUCUACAGCUGCACCAUCAGGGGAGACAAGAUUUUUACCGACUCCCCUUUCCCAAUGAAGUGCUCUGUGCCACCAGAAAAUAUGUCCUUGAGAGUUGUGUAGCCUGUAGGGACACAUUUUUGGAUGGGUGCAGAGAGGGCAAGUUCUAAGCGAGCACCAUUUCCGGCAGUGCAGAACAUCAUCACUGAUCAUGUAGCAUACCUUAGGUUCCAAUUUCCUGGCUUUGUGGCACUUGAGCCUAAACUCUGACCUUAAACCAACUGGUUGUUUUUUGUUCGUUUGUUUAAACCAUUAAAUUCCCAUCAUUUUU